AUGACCGCGGAUCGUACACUGUGCCUGGUUUUUGAGCUCGCAAGCAAGCCGUUACCAGCGCAGCAAUUCAUGCGGUAUUACAAGUCCCGAGGCCAAAAGAGAGAAAGGAAAGAGUUCAAAGACCUCGUCUUUGUUUCCUUUGUGUGGAUAACCUUAAUCUCGCGUUCGGAAGCGUACGCAAACAUUCAAGGCGCAUGGCGAUGUCAUCAAGCACAUCAAGUGCGCAUAUCGCGGUCUCACGUUCCUCCGUAA